AUGAUGUGUAUAUUAUUAUUAAUAGGUUUUGGAUCUGCGAAUGGAGAAAUUGGAUCUUCUAGUAAUUCUAAUAAUUUAUUGUCGGAUAUUAAUCCAAAAUACAAGAUUAAAAUUACAGAAAAUAUUAAUGUUUUAUCGGAUGUUGAAAAUAUGGAUAUUGUAUAUAUGAAUUUUGAAAAGGAACUUCACAGAUGUCACAUUCCAGUUAAAAAGAAUAAUUCACAAUCUGAGGAAACUGUGAAAAAAGAAACCCUUGAAGAAAAGACUGAAAGAAUUAAGAAGGAAAUUGUUGAAAAUAUUUUCCCAAAAUUUAUCAGUAAUUGUUAUUUCAGAAUUGCUGGUUGGUGGUUAUACGAAUUUUGUUUUAACAAAUUUGUAAGACAAUUCCAUCAAGAGCAACAUACUGUCACAAAUGAAUACUUUUUAGGAUAUAGUAAGGAACAAUCACCUACCAAUAAGAAUGUCAAAUAUUUUGAUAUCAAUUUUAAUGAGCAAACUCCAGAGGAGAGCUAUAUUUCAAUUCCAUUCGAAAAGGGAACACCAUGCGAUUUGACAAAACAACCAAGAACACUAGAAUUGAGAAUGUAUUGUGCCACCGAUUUAAAGAGAAGGCAGUUAACCAAUCCUAAUGCUCAUGGUGAAGCAAGUGCUCACUUUGUUGGUGACAUUGAAGAACCAAGUACUUGCAGCUAUUCUUUGAAAUUCUAUUCUAAUCACUUGUGUAAAUUGGAAGGUUUCGCACCAAAGAAAGAAUAUGAAAGUAACACUAUUUAUUGCAUUCCAGAGACUGUUUUUUCUAAUGAAGAGAAGGAUGUCGAUUUAAUGAAAGCCAUUACUGAAGAAUCAGAAAAAAUCCUCAUGAGUGAUGAUCUUGAUUCUGAUGUCGUUACAUCAACUGAAAUAAUUGGAGGCGAAGAAACCAAAACUGAAAAUCAACAAUCAGAAAACAACGACGAAAACUCAAAGACUGAAACCACCUCUACUCCACCAAUUGAUGCUACUACUAGUUCCACAACAACACAAGACAGUACAACUCCUCCUGAAACUAUUGCCGAAAAACAAGAAGAGAAAUAA